AUGUAUCAGGAGGCAGCCAAGAAGGAAGUGGCCACGCCCAAGACCAGAAGCAGGACGACGAAGCGGGCCCCACCUGCUGUCGAGGAUGGCGGCAGUCCUCACGAGGCUCCGACUAACAAGCGAGCGCGUGGAAGGGCCGCCAAGGAUCCGCCGUCACCUAAAACGAGAACCCGGUCAGUGAAUCCGGCAACGCCCACCAUGGAGCAGGAGGAAGCCAAGAUGGAAGUGGCCACGCCAAAGACCAGGACCAGGACAACGAAGCGGCAACGGCCUGCUGCUGACGAUGGCGGCAGUCUUUCUCAUGAGGCUUCCACUACUAAGCGACCGCAUGGAAGUGCCGCCAAGGACCCGCCAUCACCUAAAACGAGAGCCCGGUCAGUGAAUCCGGCAACGCGCACCAUGGAUCAGGAGGCAGCCAAGAAGGAAGUGGCCACGCCCAAGACCAGAAGCAGGACGCCUAAGCGGGCCCCACCUGCUGCCGAGGAUGGCGGCAGUCCUCCUCAAGAGGUUCCGACUAACAAGCGGGCGCGUGGAAGGGCCGCCAAGGACCCGCCGUCACCUAAAACGAGAACCCAGUCAGUGAAGCCGGCAAAGCCGCAAAGCAUCGCCACCACGGUUAUCGGAAAAGCAAGAAAGGCCGAUGAAGCAACGCCACCCGACGCCAACAUGAAUGUCCCAUCCACCAGUAAGGGAUCCAAGUCGUACAGGGUGAGCCGGAAGGCGCGCUCGAUGAGCUCCUCCCCGAGCGUUGCUCACACUGCCGCGGCCAAGGCUCCGAAGCGUCGGCACCGCUCGCGGAGUCACUCCCAUGGCGUUAGCAGUCAUGACGCCAAGAGGGGCAGGAGCCGCGGUACCUCAAGGCAUUCGCCCCGCAGCGGUCCAGGUGGCCACAAGCUCAAGAAUAGAGGGUCCACCACCGCCUCGCAGAGCAGCCGCAGAACAAAGUGGAAGAGCCGCCGCCGCCAUUCCAAGAGCAGCACCUCUGCUGCGAGCGUGAGUACCAGGAGGGGCGGGAGACGGCGCCGCCACGCCCGUAGUACGCGUUCGUCGUCAAGCCGCGGAGGAAAGCGGGGCAACUCUAAGAAGGUUGUGAGCAGCUGCUCGUCGAGGUCUCGUCGGGCCAAGGGGACUGCUGGCAAGGCUACGAAAAGAGGCAAGCGCUAG